AUGAUAGCAGCUUGGCGACUGAGCAGCCGCCUAGCAGUCCUUUUAGCUGACGCCAUCUCCAAGGUUGACGAAAUUCUGCACGAAAUUGGUGAACUCCUAUGGAAUAAGAACCAGAACAAGGCUGACGGUACGGAGGUUCCUUCUAUAUCAUCCGAGUCCUCCGAUGACGAAAGUUCAUCCAAAAAAAAUGCCACCAUUACUUCAAUUCAAAAGUCAUCCCCACAGCCCAUUACUGAAAUUGGCCAAUGGAAUAGGGCAUUUCAAAUGUACGCUGAUGUUUACUCGGCAAAAUACCCUGCUCAAGCCCCUCAUCUUUUUCGUUACAUGUCAAUCAUUCAACACCUCGCAAACACAUCUAAACACUGGCAACUCUAUGAUGAGAAGUUCAGAAAACUGCGUGCUGUCUCACCUUCCAUACCGUGGGGCAUCAUACACACAGAGACGUACCUAUUUUGCUCAAUACUAAACCAGCCCUUUCGUGGCCCCUCUAAUGUCAACUCAAAAUUUCUGUCCAACAAAAUCAUGUUCAGAAAAGGUUACUGUUGGGAUUACCAACAGUCUGGGCAAUGCAUAAAGCCAAAGUGCACUGUCGCCCACCAUUGUAGCAACUGUGAAGGACCCCAUGGCGCUUCACGUUGCUCAAAGCCAUUCAAUAUGCCAAAGAGAUACUCUUUCAACACACCAAACUUUCAAAAAUCAGGCCACUCUUCAAUUAAAAAGUGA